GCAUCCUUCUGUCUUUCAGGUUUGGUCAGACCUAUGAAGACUCUCAGUAACAGCACAGAGGUGGACUUCAUUCUUCUCGGGCUCUUCAGCCACACAAAGACCCACUUGUUCCUGCUUUCUGUUGUGUUAGUAAUCUUCACCACCUCCCUGAUGGGCAACACCCUCAUGAUCCUUCUCAUCUACAGGGACCCCAUCCUCCACACGCCCAUGUACUUCCUUCUCAGCCAGCUCUCCCUCAUGGACAUGAUGCUAGUCUCCACCAUCGUCCCCAAGAUGGCAGCCAACUAUUUGAUGAGCACGGGAUCCAUCUCCCCUGCAGGCUGUGGCUCCCAGAUCUUCCUAUUGCUCACCUUGGCAGGGGGCGAGUGCUUCCUCCUGGCAGCCAUGUCCUAUGACCGCUACAUAGCCAUAUGUUAUCCCCUGCGCUACCAUGUCCUUAUGAGCCCCAAGCUGUGUGCAUACCUGACAGUGGGGUCCUGGCUCCUGGGAGCUUCCGAUGGGCUGAUGCAGGCAGGCACCAUCCUGAGUUUCCCCUUCUGCCACUCUCGGACAAUCAAUCACUUCUUCUGUGAGGCGCCUUCUCUGGUGCGCCUCGCCUGUGCUGACACCAAAGUCUUUGAGUUCUUCAUGUAUAUCUGCUGCAUCCUGAUGCUCGUAAUCCCACUGUCCCUCGUCCUGGCUUCCUACUCACUCAUCUUGGCCGCGGUGCUCCGCAUGAGAUCCUCUGCUGCUCGGAAGAAAGCCUUCACCACAUGCUCCUCGCACCUGGCUGUGGUGGGGUUGUUCUACGGGGCCAUCAUCUUCAUCUACAUAAGACCCAAGUCCCACCAGCCAGGCAAGAGCGACAAAGUGGUGUCUGCCUUCUACACCAUCUUCACGCCGGUCCUGAACCCUCUCAUAUACAGUGUGAGAAACAAGGAAGUCAAGGGGGCCUUGAGGAAGUGGCUGCAGAAGACAGUGUGAUAAACGAGCAGAGAGAAGUUCCACAAAACCAGCUC